CAACUUCGCAUCCCACACCCCGACUCUCGACAUCUCCCAUUUCGAUCCGAGUCCGCGAGAUCCCGCAAGCCAAUCAUGUUCUGCUCAUGUAGAUUGACCUCCUUGAGGCUUUUUCUACAGGGCGUUUCGCAAACGCUCGUCUCCGAACCCGCCGUCGCGACGAGACUUUCCCAGCACCUCAAGAACCCCCACGCUCUGCGGCUCGGCCAGAAAUCGACAUUCGCAACCUCGGUAGCCUAUAGCAGACAUGACGACUGGCAAGGGUCCAGAAAAUCAGGCACGGUGCUCGCGGAGAGAAAACACGCAACAAAGGACAGGAGGGGACAGGACGGCCACGCCGGCGAGGACGACCCCGAGGACGGUGCGAAGCCCAAAAGAGAACCCUGGCAGAUCCAGAAAGAGGCCCUGAAGAAGAAGUUUCCCGAGGGCUGGAACCCGCGCAAGCGGCUCUCGCCGGACGCCAUCGCGGGCAUCAAGGCGCUGCACGCGCAGUUCCCCGAGGAGUACACGCUCCGGACGCUGGCCGACAAGUUCGAGGUAUCGCCCGAGGCGAUCCGAAGGAUUCUCAAGAGCAAGUGGCAGGCAUCGCCCGAGGAGGAGGAGAAGCGUCAGGAGCGCUGGUUCCGGCGCGGCGUCAGCGUGUGGUCGCGGUACGCCGAGCUGGGCAUGAAGCCGCCCAGCAAGUGGCGCCGCGAGGGCGUCACGCGCGACCCAUCGUACCACGAAAACCGCAAAGCGGCGAUCCAGCGGAGGAAGGAAGAGGAGGCGGAAGAACACGCCGGGGAGAGGUUGCAGCGGAAGCUGUCUGACACGAUUCUGUAAUCGCCAGGAGCGACGAUCUCUUUCUCGCAUUCACACGGGUCGAAUACCCCGAGGACCAUCCCAGCUCUUAAAUACCGGGCAGAAAUCGAGCCUCAAAAUCCAAUAUUGAUCGAAACUAUGCCAAAAAACAAUAAACAGAAA